AUGCGUUCUAACCAGUUAUCGCAGUGGCUGGGGAUGCUGGGCCCUAUCCUAAGAGCCGAAGUCGGUGACACACUCAGAGUCGUGUUUAAAAACAUGGCAUCGCAUAAUUACUCAAUCCACCCUCACGGGCUCCGUUACACAAAGCCCAAUGAAGGUUUGUACGGCCCGGAGCAGGUCUUUGGAGGGAACUCCGUGCCUCCAGGAGACACCUGGACUUACACAUGGGAAGUCCCAGAGCGCGCGGGGCCGGGGCCUAUGGAUCCCCCGUCUUUAGCAUGGACCUAUCAUUCAGAUGUCUCGGGUGCCCAGGACAUAUACAGCGGCUUGGUUGGGGCACUCAUUGUUUAUCGGCCUGGGGAACUUAGGAAGCACACACUGGACGUUCCAGCGCCAAAAAACUCUAACCUCACCGAAGAAGUUCUCACUCUCUUCAUGAUAGUCGACGAGAACAGAUCAUUCUAUAUCGAUCAGAAUACUCUAAGUCGGACAAACAUCACCGCCGGUGAGCUGCAGGUCAACCGUUUCGAUCCAGGUUUCCAGGAAAGCAAUCUGAAGCACAGCAUCAAUGGGCGCCUUUUCGGUAACCUAGAGGGACUGAAUCUUACAGUUGGCCGUCAGGCCCGCUGGCACGUCCAAUCUUUGGGAAGUGUUGCUAACGCGCAUACGCCUCACUGGCAUGGCAACACCCUUUUGUGGGCCGGCCAGAGACUUGAUGUAGUAGGUGCACCCCUCCUCCCCCGCUGCGGUGCCACCACCACUAAUCAGCGUCCGUCUCUGCAGGUUUCUGUCCUCCCGGCGCAGACGAAGUCCCUCACUAUGACCGUGGAUAACCCAGGCGAAUGGGUGCACCAUUGCCAGGUAGUAAAUCAUCGAGCGAAGGGGAUGAUUACAAAAUAUCGUGCCCAGGAAUAA